GUUCUCCUUUCUGCCUCCUCCCACUAGAAUCUAAGUUCCAUGGUGGCCAGGAUGGCUUAAAAGUUUAAUGCAUUGCUCUGCGCCCACCUCCCAGAGCUUGGCGCCGAGAACACGCUCGGCAGGUGCUUGUUCGAUGAAUGAAUCUUUGCAGAACAUGAAAGCGUGAGGCCCAGCCUCCCGGGCGCUUUCCAGAGAUGGAUCGUGUGACUCUCUUCUUGGCUCUCCUUCAUGUGUACAGAGCUCUAGGAGAAGCCAGGUUUUGGGACACCACCAUCAAACUGGAGGAGACGGUGCACCUGGAGUGUGUGCACCCACUGACGUUCAACCUGACCCAGAUCGAGUGGUUCAGGCUGGACGGCACGAGGAAAGAGUCCAUCGCCAUUUUCCACCCCGACUACGGCAGGGACAUCAGGGAGCCGUACACCGGGAGGGUCGACUUGGUCGAGUUGCCCUCGGUGCUCAAUUACAGGGUGCUGUCCCUUCGGAACGCCUCGGAGGCCGACGUGGGCUUCUACUCCUGUCUUCUGGACACGUUCCCGCAUGGAUCUUGGGAAAAGGUGAUACAGGUGGUUCCGCCAGACCGUUUUGAGACAGCCGUGUCCCCAAAUAGCCAGGUGGUCUCAGAAACUGGAAAAAACGUCACCCUCACCUAUGAGCUUCAAGGGAACGGCUCCAUGCAACUAGUCACGUGGGAGAAGAUCCAGCCUCGUCAGAUCGACCUCUUAACUCGGUGCAACUUGUCCCAGGGCAAAGGCAACACCUCACAGUACCGCAGGCACAUGCUGAGCACCUGUGGCCAGGGGACGAGGAGCAGCACCGUCGUCCUGCUCAAUGUCACGGCCUCCGACUCCGGGCUGUACCGCUGCCGCUUCCAGGCCGACACGGGGGAGAACGAGACCUUCGUGUUCAGGCUGACCGUGACCGACGAUAAAACCGUUAACCACUAUAUCCUCUUCACGGCUGGAGGGUCAGUUUUAUUGCUGCUGUUUGUUAUCCUAAUUGCCACCGCCAUUGUCAUUGUUUAUAACAGGAGAAAGAAAAGAUUCCAGUGUAAGGAGCCCCAGGAAACAAAGAGUAAGGCAUCCAACAACUACCGAAGCCCCCCCUUCCCCACCCAGGAGCCCGAUGGUGCAGGAGAGGACGUGUACGUCAACUUCCCCACCUUCUCCCACAGACCGAAGGCUCGAGUCUGAGCUUGCUCCUUGGCCCGAUCGAACUUACGAUGACUGUUAUGUACAUGGAUCUUUAUACAGUUUCUUCUCACUACUCUGUGUCUACCCCGGAUACCACUUGACUGAAUAUAUUUUAUUUUAUUUUAUUUUUUCAAUUCAAAUAUCACACUAUUUAAUUCCCCAAUAAAACACUGGAAAAAGGA